AUGGCGGGUGAUGGGCGCGCCGUGCAUGUCGUUUCGAACCAGCCCAUCACACCGAGGAGGGAGAGACCAAGUCUACUGAGAGCCCCAGCGUUAGGUCUAGCUCCCGUGCCUAGGUCUCAUCGACACGACAGAUCACGAAGUCGCGUGGCGGCAGGUAUCUAUCUCGUCCUGCUGACGGCGUCGAUUGCGGUAAUGAUCCUGGCAGUUUUGUUACUCACAGUGCCUUCCGUGAAAGAUGCGGGGAUUGUAACCUUUGAGUUCCAAUGGGAUCUAACGGUACCCCGCGAGCGCCUCCAGCCCCGCUCUGGGAUCGUGUUCGCUCCUGACAUUCCUAAGGUCGUGGAGACAGUUACGAGAGCCGCAGAGCCUACGGGGACCACGAUCAUUACGGAUGAGACGCAAAGUGUCUCUCAAGUGCUCAGUGGUACAGCAUCCACCGUACCAACAGCCACCGACAAGCUACCCGGACGGCCACACUUUGAGACGGGGCUCCCCCGCCAGUUAUCGCUAGGCACGCGGCGGUUCUGUAUCCAGCACGAGCACGAUCGAUGCGAGUGCCAGCCUCUUCCGGUUCAUCUGUCUCGAGCUAUGCCUGAGCUUGCACCAGAGGUCUUGGCGCAUGUGACUGAGCCACUCCAGCACAUCGAGGUCGCUGUGGUGACGCCGGUGACCGAGACAAUCACGCAAAUCCGGACCGGCUGCCCCUAA